CUUUCUUCCCGGUCUUUGUGUCUUCCUGUCCCCCUGAGCCGUCACAAGCAACAUCAAUGAAGAACAUGACUUUAUCCUCCGACUUUAUCUUGCUAGGGCUCCUGGUGAGCAGCAAAGCCACGGGGAUUGUAUUUACAGUUAUCUUUGCUAUUUUUGUGGUGGCUAUAACCACAAAUCUGGUCAUGAUAUUCUUGAUUCAGGUGGACUCCCGCCUCCACACCCCCAUGUACUUUCUGCUCAGUCAACUGUCCAUCAUGGAUACCCUUUUCAUUUGUACCACUGUCCCAAAGCUCCUGGUGGACAUGGUUUCUAGAGAGAAAACCAUUUCCUUUGUGGCCUGUGGCUUCCAGAUCUUCCUCUACUUGACCAUGAUUGGUUCUGAGUUCUUCCUACUGGGGCUCAUGGCCUACGAUCGCUACGUGGCCAUCUGUAACCCUCUGAGGUACCCAGUCCUGAUGAACCGCAAGGUAUGUCUUUUGCUGGCUGCUGGUGCCUGGCUUGGCGGCUCCCUUGAUGGCUUCCUGCUCACCCCCAUCACCAUGAAUGUCCCCUACUGUGGUUCCCGCAGCAUCAACCAUUUUUUCUGCGAGAUUCCUGCCGUUCUCAAACUGGCCUGCGCAGACACGUCCUUGUAUGAAACCCUAAUGUACAUCUGCUGUGUGCUCAUGCUGCUCAUCCCCAUCUCUAUCAUCUCCACCUCCUACUCCCUCAUCCUGUUAACCGUCCACCGCAUGCACUCUGCCGAAGGUCACAAAAAGGCCUUUACCACCUGUUCCUCUCACUUGACUGUGGUCAGCAUUUUCUAUGGGGCUGCUUUCUACACAUAUGUGCUGCCCCAGUCAUUCCACACCCCUGAGCAGGACAAGGUGGUGUCAGCCUUCUACACCAUUGUCACACCCAUGCUUAAUCCUCUGAUCUACAGCCUCAGAAACAAGGACGUCAUGGGAGCGCUUAAAAAGAUAUUUUCAUGUUGCUCAUCUGCUCAGAAAGUAGCAACAAAUGAUACUUAGAAAUCCAAUAAUAUGAAGAUAGGUGUCCUAAGAAUUUCCUGUGUGCGCC